CUAGGCAAAAGUCACGGAUACAGCCCUCAGCGGUUUUGUUUCACUUGUCGGUCUCCUGUUAAGGAUAAAAACAGAGCAAUUACAAGCGCCUUCCUCAAAAAGUAAAAAACAAUAACAGGGAAUUAUAGUUUCAGGAUUCAAACCAACUGUUUGUAAUUUGUAUAGCAUUUAUUACAUUGUAUUAACUCAUCUCUAGCGCAUACGUGUGUAGAGGAGCUGGGUUACAGAGUGAUCGAUCAGGACCCAGCUCUCCAAACUAGGGCAGUGGAGCUGGAGAAUAACCGUGGACGAGAUGGAGGACCGGGAGACCUUCGACGGUCCAGGAGGGCCUCAAGACUUUAUCAGCUCCUCGUUCAACCAGGACACCACGUAAUCUAACGGAUUCUCCUUGUCAUACUGCUAGAUAUAUUCUAAUUGCAUAAUCUAUGGCCGAAGUAAAUCCUUAUGCUUCCAGCUAUAAUAUGGUCUGUAGCAGAAAUAUGUUAGUGUGUGAAUUGUAUCUUCAAACCUCACCCACUUGUGCAGUUUGUUUAUCGCUGUUAAUCCAAUUGUCCCAUGGUGUCUCUUCAACACUGUUCCUAAAAUAUAGGUUACUAGCUUGUGAAGUAGGCCACCACACUACUAAGGCCUAUUGAUAGUCAGAUAAAAGUAGCCAAUCUAGAUUUGACCUUCAGUGGAGAUACUGGUCAGCAGACUACACACUAAAAACACAUGGUUCUAUAUAGUGCCAAAUCAGGGUUAUUUGGCUUCUAACAUAUCCACCUCAUUCUCGAACGCUUUUAAAACACGGAAGCCAAACCCGGAAACUAUGGAUACUCCACGCUCGUGCAUUAUCAUAAUUAAUAUGUGCGCCACUAGAAAGGGGAUAAGGGAUUUUAGAAUCACUUAAAAUAAGGGUUGUGUUUCCUGUAGACUUACCCUGGCGUGACGUUUUGAUAACCAUGUAAAUCUCUCUCGGAUAAGGUGAUUUAUCAAUAUAUUCGUCUGUAUUUACUCUCAGAUUCGAAAAUGUUAAUUAGCAUCAAGAGACAUCAUGCAAAACUACAAAUCCAUGUCUCUAUCAGUGGGCACUAAGUCAGGCUACAGACUCUUCUCUGUCACCUCGGUGGACAAGAUGGACUGCAUCCACGAAGGAGCGGAGUCUCCAGACGUGUACAUCGUGGAGCGGUUGUUCUCCAGCAGUCUGGUGGUGGUGGUCAGUCUCUCCAUGCCCCGACGUAUGAACGUCUACCACUUCAAGAGAGGAACAGAGAUCUGCAACUAUAGCUACUCCAACAACAUCCUCUCAGUCAGGCUCAACAGACAGAGGAUGGUAGUAUGUCUGGAGGAGUCAGUCUACAUCCACAACAUCAAAGACAUGAAGCUGCUCAAGACACUGCUCAACAUACCACACAACCCCUCAGACACACCCUCCAACCCGUCAGGUCUCUGUGCCCUCUCUGUGAACCAUGGUAACUCCUACCUGGCGUACCCUGGCAGUGAGACCAUCGGGGAGAUCAUGGUUUAUGACGCCAACAACCUGAGCACGGUGACGAUGAUCCCAGCCCAUGACAGUCCCCUUGCAGCUCUCACAUUCAACGUGUCAGGAACCAAACUGGCCAGCGCCUCCGAGAGGGGUACAGUGAUCCGAGUGUUCACCAUCCCAGAGGGACAAAGACUGUUUGAGUUCCGCAGAGGGAUGAAGAGGUACGUGAGUAUUAGCUCAUUGUCCUUUAGUUCAGAUGCCCAGUUCCUCUGUGCCUCCAGCAACACGGAAACGGUCCAUAUCUUCAAACUGGAACGUCACAGCCCCAGUCAAGAGGGGGGAUGUCCUACGUGGGGUGCAUACGUGGGAAAGAUGUUCACAGCAGCCAGCACCUACCUUCCCUCCCAGGUCUCUGACAUGAUGCACCAGGACCGGGCCUUCGCCACUGUACGACUUAACAUGUUCGGUCUCAAGAACAUCUGCGCCUUGGCCACGGUUCAGAAGCUGCCUCGUCUGCUGGUGGCGUCAUCAGAUGGACAUAUCUACAUCUAUAACAUCGACACACAGGAGGGAGGAGAGUGUGUGUUGGUCAGGAAACAUAGACUAUUUGAAGGAGAUAAGGAGCCACAGGAAGAACAACAGGAAGAGGAGGAGCUUGAGGAUAGAAGGUCCCUCCCACCAUCAAACAGCCUAUCAUACGCUGCCACUGUGGCUCUCCCCUCGACCCCACCCUCUUCUACCACUCUCACAGGCUACUUAGAUGGAGGGGCUAAGAAAGGCGAUGUGAUCCCUGAACAUGAGUUUACCAAGGGACCUGUCUGUCUGGAUGACAAGAACGAGUUUCCUCCAGUCAACAACCAGAGCAACUGACCCAACUUUUCCUGGGAACCAAUCAACUGGAGCCAUUCAAGCUAGAAGGGAUAUCAGUAUUCAGAGAACCCCCCCCCCCCCCCCCCAGGUCCCACCACCAUGUCCCCAAUGAGGCAGAUAGGAGAAAUGUAGAAGCCACAAUGGUGAUUGGUUACUAUCGUGCGCCACUCAGAAGUAGAGUAUGGAUAGACAGUAGACCUGUCUCUGUACAUUGUCUUAUACCUGGCCCUGAAGGUCAAUAUGAAUACAAACAUUUCAUUCCCUAACUAUCAGAAUGAAAGGAGGUCUGGGCACUGAAGUUGUAGCCUUUUUAACAUGGUUAAAAAGGGACUUUAAUAUUUAAUUGCAUUUAUAUACAGCUAUCGAUAAGUGUUCAAAGUGCUUAACAUUGUCAAAAGGGGAAGAGGCAAAACCAUUCAAUUGUACUUUUAUAACCUCUUAGUAUCGUUAAGUGAUAUAUAACACUGACUGGAUAGUGAAGUCUGAGUCCUAUUCUGCUGCUUGAUGCAGAUUGGCUAGAACCCAGUGUAGGGUGGCAGAGAGGGGCCCAGAGACUGAGGCUUAUCAGUGGGCUCUAGCUGUGGCACGCCCUGAGAAAGAAGGGGGAGGGAAGAGAAAGAAAGAGGGGGGGCUUCUGUCAUGUCUGAAGCGAUAGUUUUCGAACAGCGCUAAGAAAAAAAAGAGUCAAAUACUGAAAUGUGAAAAAUCAAAUCAAAUCAAAUUUAUUUAUAUAGCCCUUCGUACAUCAGCUGAUAUCUCAAAGUGCUGUACAGAAACCCAGCCUAAAACCCCAAACAGCAAACAAUGCAGGUGUAAAAGCACGGUGG